GUGUUGUUUGUGCGAAAAAUAAGAGAAGGAGCGACACGCGAUACGAAUGCAGAAAAUGCCAUGUCGGAUUACGUAUCGAUAAUUGUUUUGAAAUUUUUCACACACAACUGAAUUAUUAACUUGUGUUAUAUUUACUAAAUUUAGUUUUCUAGUUUAUCGUUUUUUAGUUUAUUAUCCAGAUUCUAGUUUAUUGCAAAUUUCAAUGUUUAUAAUAAAUGAUUGAUACUAAAAAAUAACGCUCUUGAACCAUAUAAUCUCGUGCAAAAGAAUUACUAUAACUUAUUACGAUUUGCGCUUUCAAUAGUCAAUCAACAGAGUUAAGUCUAGCGAAAAAGUACUCCGUCCACAGCGAUGGUCAGCGCUGGCCGCGAGUAUUCAACGCUCCAAGGGUUAAAUUUCUCUUAAUUUGAUAAUAAAUGUACCAUUCGUUUGCAAGGGAAAAACGUGAAACCGAAAUAAUUUAUUUUACCCUCUAAAUGUUAUAACCGUUGCUUUACUUUCGAUUGAUCUUCUAUAAAUGUAUAAGUAUCCGCGAUCUGCUAAUGAUAUAAAAUCAAUUGACAAAUAACAAGAGCAAGAUAUAUGAUUUCGUUGCACACGCAGAAAUAUUUUCUUUACGUCCAACAUAAAUCUACGAAAUUUCUAUGAAAACUUUUAAAUUGAUCGUUUCAACCAUUCUGAUAAUUCUAGCGCUAAGAUCCUUAAAAUCCCAGAAAUUCGUUUGUUAUUCAAAUUCAAAACCAAAGUUUCGCAUCUCAUCGACGGUAACAUAUACGUUUCCAAUGAAUUUCAUCGCGCUCGAUCCACGAACUCUCAAAGAGGAGCCGGAAUAUUCUGGCAAAAGCCAUCGUCUCUUCAAAAGCCAAGCUUACUAUAGUCGCUUGCAGCAAAAGAGAAAAGAAAAACGAAGGGAUGAACAUCGAAAAGGACACGAAGAGGAAUUCCUCUCGAGAUUCGUUGAAGUAUAGGACGAUCAGGUGGAAACGAAUCGCCGAGGAGAUCGUGUCGAGAGGGUGGAAAAAAAUGUAAUUAUCGAACCGGCGAAGAGUAGCCCCACGAACUAAUGGCCGCGGGGAUGGCGUCGCUUUCUGGCCAGAUGCUCCUGUUUUAAGGGUGUCUCUCGAGAUACAAGGGUUCGACAUUAACGCCGAGUCUUCGGUCGGCGAAGGGAGCUGCAGACAAAGCGAACGACCGGCCAAAACUUGCUUCGUACAAGUUGGAGCGUGCAAACCGCACCGAGCGGGUGUGGGGCUCGAGACGGUGCAGUGGCUGGCAUGAUCGAGCCUGUGACUGUUACCGCGAACUAUAAUGGAAUAAUUUGUCGAUAGUUUUGCAAUGGAAGCUCGCUAAACAGUUUUUAAAUUACGAUUGUCGAAAUAUGUCGAAUUUUUGAAUAGAUACGACGAUGUGAUCGUAGGUAUCGGGUUGUCUCAAAAGUUCCUUUCUUUUUAUACGGAAUUAGUAGGUGCGCAGCAUGUUUUGUUUUAUAUUAUUUUAUUGAAUUUAAUAAAAUAAUGUAAAAGGAAAAAUGCUGUGCAUCUAUCGUUUCCUCGUAAAACGAAAGACAACCUAAUAUUUAAAAUAAUAUCUGCUCGUCCUGCGAAGAAAUUAUUUAGCUUCUACUCUUUCUCGAAAGAUAAACGAUAUUUUCUACGAUAAUCUUACAUUUUUAACUAGGAAAUUACAGUGAAAAAGGAAAUCGUAUCGAAUCAUUGCGGAAAGAACAAGACGGUAAAAGAUUAUUUCGUUCGAGGGAGUUGAAACUCGUCGAGACGAUAAUUCAGUGGUUGAAAACGCUCUUUAACUCGCGUUACAUAAAGUCAGCGAGUUUAUCAUCAAGUCGAAAAAGACCAUGUUUUUCUAUCGUAAUUUCCUAGCGAAUGUCAAAUUAUCAAAUUAUCUGAUAUUGAACAAAAGUCAUCGCAUAUGACUUACGAAACGUUAGAGCAGAAAGGUUUAUAAGAGAAAGACUAGGCGAAUAAGCCUUCAGUCGCUUGGUCCUGAAGAAAGACUACGCUUUAAUAUUCGUUUUCAUCUCCUUUUCUAUUUAAAAAUUUGAAUAUGCAUGUGAAAUUUUUACUUGUCGCAAUGUUGUUCGCGUUCGUGGCGUGGAAACCAGCAGAAAGUGCCACUGCCGAGCAAAUGGACAAAAUGGCAAGGAGUCUGCGCAGGUCUUGUUUGCAAAAAAUCGAUAUAUCAGAAGAUAAAGUGGAGGGCAUGCGAAGAGGUGAAUUUCCAGAAGAUCCAAAUCUUAAGUGCUAUACGAAUUGCAUUAUGAAAUUAAUUCGAACCUUUAAAAAUGGCAAUAUCGAUUUUGCUAUGGUGAUCAAACAAGUAGAACUUUCGAUGGCACCGGAAGAAGCAGCCGUAAUGAAGGAAGCCAUACUGAAAUGUAGUCAUAUGGAAUACACCGGUGAUGAAUGCCAGAAAUCAUAUACGUUCGUAAAAUGCACCUACGAUACGAAUCCGGAAAAGUUUUUCUUUCCUUAACAAACGACAUUCACAACAAACUGCACCAUCUUUCGAAGAGGCGCCGUGCAAAUUUAUCAAACUGCAAACCCACGAUCGCGAGAUCGAUAGAAGAAGCGAGCCACCGAUAACGUGUACGAAUAGUUUACUUAUUUUGAGCUGUAAUUUUUUUAAAUUUAGUAUGACGUUAUAUAAUACGAUCGUAAACUUUAAGAAAUAUUUUAGGUUGACAUUAAUUUUGCAAUCAAAAUAAUGUUAGUGAUUUACAUUACUGUGUUAUUACACUUUCUUAUGUUGUUAGUUAUAGAGAAUGAAAUGUCCGAUUUUUAACAAUUCAUACAUACUUCUGCUGAAACCUAAGAAAAGGAUACGUUUAUAUAUCCUUUACACAUGUACGUAAAUAUUAAAGAUGCAUAAACGAGAAAAUCAACUGUCUGAAAGACAAAGAUAUUCGUCGAAGGCGAUAAAAUUCGAUAUUUUAUACGUUACGAUCUAAUAUCGUAUUGUAUCAAACAUUCGCAAUAAAAUAGCGUGCAAGUAUAACGUAGCAAUCAUUAAUCUCCAGAUUUCAAGUCCGAGUAAGAUUUCAAUAAAUUAUGCGAGACGGUUUCUAUCCAAAAAGUUCGUACUCUUUUCGGGAAAUUUUUAACCGUUUUAGUGCCACGGCUUUUUAAGAAUCCGUGUCGGAUUGUGCCAUACAGCGCGAUAGCGUUUCGUUCAUUUAUUUCCGAGAAAUACCGAUCGACGCGAUCGCACUGCCCUUUUUUUUCGUUUACGCAGGUGGUUUAAGAUUGUUUGAAACAAAAAAGAAGUAAUUACGAGAGGAAACUCUGACAUGACUCGCGACGAGCUACGUUCGAAACCGAACGCGUUGCGAAUUGUCGAUCGUAACCAAACAUCGCGACACAGUUCACCACAGUACGCGAACAGCGCGAUCGCGCUGCGUGACGCUAAAACGGUUAAACAGCAUCGUAGUGACUCACCGUUACUAACAAGACGCGAUUAUAUGCGUAAAAUUUGAAACCAAUUUGAAAUCGAUAGUAUGCAGAGUGGUUGGUAAUUGGUGGUACAAGCGGAAAGGGGGUGAUUCUACGCGAAAAAAGAAGUCGAAAAUAUAGAAUAAACAUUUUUCGUUCGAGGCUUUGUUUUCGAGAAAAUCGACUUUGAAUUUUCGCUCGGUACGCGUGCACUUUGUCGCGUCUUGUUAUAACGGAUCUCACUGUAGAUCGUUGUCUCGAUUGACGUUACUUUUUUAAUUUAAAAAAUUUUUAAAUUUUUAAAUUUUUAAAUUUUCAAAUUUUUAAAUUUUCAAAUUUUCAAAUUUUCAAAUUUUCAAAUUUUCAAAUUUUCAAAUUUUCAAAUUUUCAAAUUUUCAAAUUUUCAAAUUUUCAAAUUUUCAAAUUUUCAAAUUUUCAAAUUUUCAAAUUUUCAAAUUUUCAAAUUUUCAAAUUUUCAAAUUUUCAAAUUUUUAAAUUUUUAAAUUUUUAAAUUUUUAUUCUAUAUUUCCGACUUCUUUUUUCGCGUAGAAUCACCCCCUUCCCGCUUGUACCACCAGUUACCAACCACCCUGUAUACGUGAAUUUCGUUAAUAAAUUAACACUUUACCGACCGCUAGCGAUUCAACAGCAUACGCACGUCCGACCGGCGUCUCAGGCGCAGAUUCUCCCUGGCGCCGGCUCUGUUUCGGUUUAGACUCUCCAAUACCAUUCUUUUUGUUCAUCGCGAUCGAUACGUUUUUCAUUUCAAUUGAUAUAAAACUGUGGCAGCUUACGAAGCAACGCAACUGACGCAACUGAGCAAGGUACCUUAGUACUAAAUAAUAAAUUACUGCUCAAAUAAUGAGAAAGAUUGUCGGCGAUAAAAAACCGAUUAAUAGGCUAUCGGUCGAUGAGCGUCGGUGACAAAAAACUGAUUAAUCGGCUAUCGGUCGGUAAAGUGUUGAUUGAACAAGCGAGUCCUCGUACAAAACCGGAAAAGAAAAAUUAGAAGCAAAGAACACAAAAUCAAAGAGAAAAAGAAGUAACUCGUUAAAAGAGGUACUCUCAGGAUAUGAUCCAGCAUCGUCAAUGAUAAUACAAUGCAUAAUGAUUUCAUAUUUGCGACGUAAUCCACUACGUGGCGGAAACACUCUUCCCUUUCCGACGUAGUCUGAGUUUCCGAAGAUGCUACGCGGAAAGUGCAGGUUGCACAUUAAUUAUUAGUCGGCAGGGUAAUUACGGGUCAAGCUUCGUGCAACACCCACAAAAUGCAAAAAUUGUUCCUUCUCCUACCGCGACGAUCAACGCGGACUAUAAAAGGGAGUGUACGAUCAUAUUGCGAAUCCACGUGCGCUAUUUCUUCGUGGUUUGAACCAUCGAGAAGUUAGCGAAGUUGGUUCGAAACAUCAACGAGGAAGAGGAAGAAGAAUAAAUUUGGAACAAGUCAAACAGGAUGAAGGGGGUCGGCGUUUGCCUGCUGGUCUCGUUGAUGCUUGUCUUGUUGGCGAUCAAAGAUACAGAGAGC